CUCCUCUCCGGUCUCCUCUCUUCAAGGUUGCGCUGGCAGGAGCAGCAGCAGCACGCGCCGCCGCUGGACCCGCCCGGACCCGAACCCGGACCCGGACCGCCGCAGUCAUGGACGAGAUGGAGGAGGAGCUGAAGUGUCCGGUGUGCGGCUCGUUCUACCGGGAGCCCAUCAUCCUGCCGUGCUCCCACAACAUCUGCCUGGCGUGCGCGCGGAACAUCCUCGUGCAGACCCCCGAGGCGGAGUCCCCGCAGAGCAGCCGAGCCUCCGGUUCCGCCGACUACGACUACCUGGACCUGGACAAGAUGAGCCUGUACAGCGAGGCGGACAGCGGCUACGGCUCGUACGGGGGCUUCGUCAGCGCGCCCACCACGCCGUGCCAGAAGUCCCCCAACGGGGUCCGGGUCUUCCCGCCGGCCGUCCCGCAGCCCCCCCCGCAGCAGCACCUGCUGCAGCCGCCGGGCUCCUACCCGCCGAUCCCGCGGAACUCCUGCAUCACCUGCCCGCAGUGCCACCGCAGCCUGAUCCUGGACGAGCGGGGGCUGCGCGGCUUCCCCAAGAACCGGGUCCUGGAGGGGGUGGUGGACCGGUACCAGCAGAGCAAGGCGGCCGCCCUCAAGUGCCAGCUGUGCGAGAAGAGCCCGAAGGAGGCCACGGUGAUGUGCGAGCAGUGCGACGUCUUCUACUGCGACCCCUGCCGCCUGCGCUGCCACCCCCCCCGGGGGCCGCUGGCCAAGCACCGCCUCGUGCCGCCCGCGCAGGGCCGCAUCAGCCGCCGCGCGAGCCCCCGCAAGAUCUCCACGUGCACGGAGCACGAGCUGGAGAACCUCAGCAUGUACUGCGUGCAGUGCAAGACGCCGGUGUGCUACCAGUGCCUGGAGGAGGGCAAGCACGGCCCCCACGAGGUCAAGGCUCUGGGGGCCAUGUGGAAGCUGCACAAGGGUCAGCUGUCGCAGGCGCUGAACGGCCUGUCAGACCGAGCCACAGAAGCCAAGGAGUUCCUGGUGCAGCUGAGGAACAUGGUCCAACACAUCCAGGAGAACGGCGUGGAGUUCGAGGCGUGUUUGGUGGCGCAGUGCGACGCGCUCAUCGACGCCUUGAACCGCCGUAAAGCUCAGCUGUUGACCCAAGUGAACAAGGAGCACGAACACAAACUGAAGGUGGUCCGGGACCAGAUCUCCCACUGCACCGUGAAGCUCCGUCAGACCACGGGCCUCAUGGAAUACUGUCUGGAGGUCAUCAAGGAGAACGAUCCCAGCGGAUUCCUGCAGAUCUCGGACGCUCUGAUCCGGAGGGUCCACAUGACGGAGGGCCAGUGGGGGAAGGGAACGCUCACCCCCAGGAUGACCAGCGACUUCGACCUGACUCUGGACAGCGGGCCGCUCCUGCAGACCAUCCACCAGCUGGACUUUGUGCAGAUGAAAGUCCCUGCUGCCCCCAUACUCCAGCUGGAGGAAUGCUGCACUCAGAACAACAGCGCCACGUUGUCAUGGAAACAGCCGCCGCUCUCCACCAUCGCCGUGGAGGGAUACAUUCUGGAGCUGGACGACGGGAACGGCGGGCCCUUCAGGGAAGUGUACGUGGGGACGGAGACCAUCUGCACGGUGGACGGGCUCCACUUCAACAGCACCUACAGGUCCAGGGUGAAGGCCUUCAACGCCAGCGGUGUGGGCCAGUACAGCAAGACGCUGGUCAUGCAGACCUCUGAGACUGGACUCCCUCCAUGUGAUAUUCAGUCUCUAGGCUCAGUGGCCUGGUUCACCUUCGACCCUUCGUCCGCUCACCCGGACAUCCUGUUCUCCAACGACAACCUGACGGUGACCUGCAACAGCUACGACGACCGCGUGGUCAUGGGGAACACCGCCUUCUCCCGCGGCGUCCACUACUGGGAGAUCACCAUCGACCGCUACGACAACCACCCAGACCCCGCCUUCGGCAUCGCCCGGGCCGACGUGCUGAAGGACGUGAUGCUGGGGAAGGACGACAAAGCCUGGGCCAUGUACGUGGACAACAACCGCUCCUGGUUCAUGCACAACAACUCGCACACUAACAGGACAGACGGUGGCGUCGCCAAAGGCUCCACGGUGGGGAUGCUGCUGGACUUCACCCGCAGGAUCCUCAUCUUCCUCCUCAACGAUGAGCAGCAGGGUCCGGUCGCCUUCGAAGGCCUGGAGGGCGCCUUCUACCCUGCCAUCAGCCUCAACCGAAACGUCCAGGUCACGCUGCACACCGGCCUUCCCAUCCCGGAUUUUUACACUCCUGGGGAGGUCGAUCCCACCGGCUCCACGUGCUGAGGUCUCCCCCCUCCGUCAGGGAUUUGUUCCCUCUUCAUCCUGCCAGUCUGUACCUGCCCCCCCGCCCGCGUGAUCCUCCUGAAGGCCUGAACCUCCUUCAUGCCGUUCGAACAUAAAUGGUGCUUCAAUCCAUUUCCUGUGCUUUGGUUUCAAACCGCUGAAGAAACCGGUUCUGAUCCGCAGAACCCUCGUGUUCUGUGAAAUGAGACGUUCAGGAAAAUCUCCGUUAACUUAAGGCUUGUAUCAAAACUCAGACCUUCAUCCGUCCAGAUGCUAAACCGAACCCUGAACCCGCUCUCGGUUCUGUCAAAGCUCCAGACGUUUUCAAGAAUGUCAACCUUUAUCUUCAGUUAUUUAUCUUCAUUUUUGCCUUUUCAGACUCUAAAUAUGAAGUUCUUCGUGUGUUUUAGGACGCCGUGUUGGUGUCAAACCUUCAUCCACGUUGGUGGGAAGCUUUCUUAGUGGCUUAGCUCCGGCAGAACCUUGUUGUGUUUCUAGAAACGUCCAGCUUUUUGAUGUGAAAAGCUCCUGAAAGCCCAUCUGCAGUGCAGCCAUCUGCAGCGCAGCUGUCUGCAGUGUAGCUGUCUGCAGCAGGCUCGUCUGCAGUGCAUCUUCUGAAGCGCCGUCAUCUGCAGCGCAGUCGUCUAAAGCAGAACCGUCUGCAGCACAGCCAUCUGCAGCGCAGCUGUCUGCAGUGUAGCCGUCUGCAGCAGGCUCGUCUGCAGUGCAUCUUCUGAAGCGACAUCAUCUGCAGCGCAGUCGUCUGCUGUGUAACCACCUGCAGUGGAGCUGUAUGCAACAGACCCGUCUACACCACUGCUGUCUGCAGCGCAGUCGCCUGCAGCAGGCCCGUCUGCAGCGCAGCUUUCAGAAAAGAGGCGUUUUUUUUUUUGUGAUGAUUGAUGACUUUGAUUAUUGAUGCGACUGUGAAGACGUUUGGACGAGAUGCUACAGCAGGUGGCGCAGUUCUGUCCUUUUUUACUGUAGGUGACUAAAUACGGUAGUUUUGUAAUAUUGUUACUGAAAUGAUCUAUUUGCAAACGUGUAAAGUUCCAUAAGUUGUUGCUGUUCAGAGUUUUUCCAUGAGGUUUUAUGAUGGUUGCGUCUUCGUAGGUAAAGUUCUUACAGACAGAAGGAAUGAAGCUCUCGCUGCUUCACAAACUGUUUUUAUUUCUUCUGGAUUUUUUCACUUUUUUCCUCCAACAGAUAAAAAUGGUUCAGCAGACGCGUGUUUCGCCGUGGUUAGCGAUGUUUAAUAUGGGAGCAAUAAAAGCGGACAUGAUGCUAACACACUGAGAGAAACAGAAAAAUGAUUAUCGUUAAUGAUAACCAGAAAUGUAAUAGUUUAAUAAAAAAAAGAAAUACUAUUAAAUACUUUAAAACGGAUGCCUGUUAUUAACUAAUAUAUUAAACCAAAUAUAAAACGUUUCUUUAAAGUUUUUGCAUUUCUCUUCGUUACAAACACUUUCACUGGUUUUAGGAACGCAGUACAUUGGAGUUUUAGCUACAGAAAUAGUUUCAUGUAACUUUAUUUAACUCAACAGAAACCAUCACUAACACGCCUCCAAAAUAAAACGUUUAUUUUUUCACUGCCAUUUUCUACGUCCCAAAUACGAUCUUUUCUGCUCCUGAUUUACAACGAGAAAUGUAUUUGAACUUCAUUUUCUUUCAUCUGCUUCCUCCAUCAUCAGAAAAACGCUAAAAUAAUACAUAAAAAGCAUCAUUUUCAUGGGAGUGGGUCUUUCAAAAGCAGCUCAGACAGAAAAACCAAACAUGAGUGAAGCUGCAGAUGAACAAAACUGUCAGGAGAACAACAGAAAUGAAUUAUAUUCUGGCUUUUAUGAAAGAAAAAAAUACAAAGUUGACUUUAAAGUAAAUAAAUAUGAAUUUUAUUCUGAAAAAUAAACUAUUUAGUGAAAAUACCUUAAUUCAGAAUCAUGAGGAGCUGGAAAUCUGACUCUCUUUUUAACACAAAGGCAGCUGAUGAUUCUGAGUCAGAUGGAAAUAAUGACGAAACUGAGAAUGAAUCAUAGAUGUUACAGUCGGACAAAUGUGGUGUUAGCAUUAGCAUUAGCAUUAACGCAUCAGUUAGCUGAGAGGACAGUUAAGGAACCAGGAAAGUUCAGAUUUGGUUCAGAAAUGUGAUAAAGUCCUGAUAUUAGGUCAAUUAGAUACAGUAUAUAUAAAACUUUGGAAAUAUUCAGUGGAUUUUAAAAUCCAAAGUUAAAACAGUUUCCAUUUUCUUUUUUUAGAAGCAAAAAUGUUUUUUUCUUCUACAAGACUUUUUAUAAAUUAAGUUUUUUUUCCUUUAAUUUUGUAUUUUUACUAACUUUACUGUUGGAAGAAAAAAAUCCUGAAUUCGGUUCCGUCUUUUGUCCAUCUGAGCUGUAAGGAGCAGUGAGGAGCAGUGAGGAGCAGUGAGGAGCUGUGAGGAGCAGUGAGGAGCUGUGAGGAGCAGUGAGGAGCUGUGAGGAGCUGUGAGGAGCUGUGAGGAGCUGUGAGGAGCUGUGAGGAGUCAGAGCUCGUUUUAGACCACAGCGCCCCCACAUGAGCAGCUGUUGGAACUGCGUGGUCAUUCCAGGAGGUUUGGUUCCAUCUUAGGUUUCCCUGAAAAUCCAAACCAGAGGAGAUGGAGGGAACUAGGAAAUUAUCAGCAUUCCUGCUCAUUCCGGCCAUUUCCCAGAGAGAGACAUCCCAUAAUACUUUAAGUCUCGUUGAGCUGACGCUUCACUUUUCCAGUGUGAAAUCUUAUCAGUAAACUGGAGCAAACGUGACACCGACGUUUCCACAGUUUGCUCUGCCGACAGGAACUGAAGUGUUGACCGUCUAAGGAUUUGGUUUCCGUAGCAACCUCCGUCCUGUUUCUACAUCGACCUUAGGUGCUCUCCUGAGUUUCCGUUUCAUGGACGUGCCUUUCUGCCUCUUUAGCACCUGAAAGGUUCCUGAAACGUUGCUGCUACCGAUGGUUGCUUCAGCAGAUCCCACAGGAACAUCCUCCAUUCAGAAUUCAUCUGCUGCUUCCUACUUUUCUAUUCUUAGAUGGAUCCGAUGAAACCAGAAGUUUCUAUCACAGUGUGGAGCAGAACCAUAAGGGGGGUCUGCAACCACGCCGCUGAUCAUUUCACCCAAACGCUGAGCAGCUCUGAAUGUGUGCAUGUUUCCACACGCCUUCAUCCAUGACGGUCAAUCUGCAGAACAUCUGCUCUGAGAAGAUCUUCAACCCCUUCAGAGCAGAAGAAAACCUCAACCUCCAUCGGUCCCCUUAGAGCCCAAACGUUUGGUCUGAAACAUCCAGCAGAUGGAGAACUUUUACGGGAGAGAAAACUGAACGGGCUUUUCUGAAUCAGACAAAUGAGGAACAGAACAUCUACAUUAGAACAUCUACACCAGAACAUCUACAUUAGAACAUCUACACUAGAACAUCUACACUAGAACAUUUACACUAGAACAUCUACAUUAGAACAUCUACACUAGAACAUCUACAUUAGAACAUCUACACCAGAACAUCUACACUAGAACAUCUACACUAGAACAUCUACACUAGAACAUUUACAUUAGAACAUUUACACUAGAACAUUUACACUAGAACAUCUACACUAGAACAUCUACACUAGAACAUCUACA